AUGUACUGUCACCCUGACGGUCAUCGAUGUGCUGAGCAAGUAUGCCUGGGCGAUCCCGCUCAAGAGAAUCUGCAAACGGACAAAGGAAAGGAAUUCUACAACGCCGACGUGCGCAAAAUCCUCGACGGGCACAAGGUGAAUCACUACACUACGUAUUCGGUGAUGAAAGCGUCGGUGGUGGAGAGAUUCAAUCGCACGCUGAAAAACGACAUGUGGAAGCUCUUCACGCUCCAGGGAUCGUACAGAUGGAUAGACUCGCUGCCGCGCCUCUUAUCGAAUUACAAUCGUCGCAGACACAGAACGAUCCGAAUGCGUCCGGCGGACGUGACGCCCACCGUCGCCGAAAAACUGCUGCGCACGGUGUACAAUCGCGCGAAGAUCGCCGCGCCGGCGAGAUUUCGAAUCGACGAUCCGGUGCGCACCACCGAGAUCUUUCGCAUAGCCAAAGUACAAAAGACCAAUCCCGUUACGUAUCUGCUGAAAGACGUUCGCGGAGAAGCGACAGCCGGAGGAUUCUACGAACACGAGUUGCUACGCAUCUCCAAUCCCGACGUCUAUCUCGUGGAAAAAGUUCUGCGUAAGCGCGACAAUCGAGCGUACGUGAAGUGGCUAGGGAUGGACAGUUCGCACAAUUCGUGGAUAGAUAAGGCGUCUAUAUUGUAA